AUUAAGAUCAAAGAUUUCAGUUCAAAAAUGCCGAAACCCAAACGCACUUCAAAAAAUUUUGAUACAAUUGAGUCCCCAUCAAAAAAAAAAGGCUACCCAUAAGGAGGGUACGUCAGAUACCGACCAUAAUCUUACUUCUCAAACACACGAAAUUAAGGAUCCCGUUGAAGAUUUUCUUAUCGUAGUGGGUAGUUACGAGAGAAUAUUGUACGGUAUUAACGGACGGUGGGUCAAAUCGGAUCAAAAUAAUUUUGAUAAAUGUAAACCUUCACUACAUUUUGAUCCAACCUUUAUAUUUCCUGCCCAUAUUGGUUGCAUUAAAGCUGUAGCCGUGGGUUCCAGGUACUUAGCUUCGGGAAGUACUGAUGAGGUGAUCAAGCUGUAUGACAUCAAGAAGCGUAAAGAACUUGGUUCUUUAUUACAACAUGAAGGUUCUAUAACCACUAUUCAGUUUUAUAAUAAAACCCAUAUGAUUAGUGGAAGUGAAGAUGGCACAGUAUGUAUCUGGAGAACGAAAGACUGGGAAUGUUUAAAAGUCUUAAAAGGUCAUAAAGGGCGUGUUAAUUCUGUGGACAUUCAUCCAUCGGGUAAAAUAGCAUUAUCUGUGUCAAGUGAUAAAACUGUACGAUUAUGGAACUUCUUAACUGGUAGAAAAGCAAGUGUUAAUAAAUUAGGAAGAGAAGGAGAAAUGGUAUUAUGGAAUUCGUUAGGCGAUCAUUAUGCCAUUUUAAUGGGACAAGAAAUAGAAAUAUAUAAUAUCACAGAUGGUCAAGUUACGCAAAAUUUUCAACUUAAACACUCUCGCUACCUUUGCAUGCGAUAUUUUGCUCAUGAGACGUUUGGUGAUUUAUUAAUUACGGGUGGUGAAGAUAAAACUGUGAGAGUUGUUAAAGAUAUCUCCGUAAUUUAUUCAAUGCCACCAACGUAUUCUACUCCUCUUUCACUUUUAACAUCUAUUUCAUCCGAUGGAGUCAUUAAUGUAUGGACAUUAGAUGAGAUAUGGUCAAACAAAGAACGGGAGGAUGUUACAAUUACUACACCCUUAGCGUCAUACGAUACUAAAAGCAGGCUAACUUGCGUUGCAUUAUCACGAACAUUUAAUGACUAA